AUGAGCAACGGCACGAAUACACAGACUGAAGUCACUGAACAGUUCAAGACAAACGUGGGGGGAUUGCUGGUCGGGGUCAACAUCCAAGCCAUGUCGGUUUUCCAAGUCUUUGGUUUGGCGUCUCUAGUCACAACCGCGUACUUCAGGCAACAUCGAAACUCGGACGCUAAAUGGAUAAAAUCGCUGAUCAUGAUCGUCUGGUCCCUGUGCGGCUUCAGCACCGCUAUCGACUUCUACAGUACAUACUACUUCUUGGUCGUUACCCUUACCAUCCCGAAUAAGCAGAUAUGGGCACCCUGGAGCCUCUCGCUUCUCAUAUCCAUCGUCGCAACCGUAUCGACGGUAGUCAGACUUUUGCUGCUCCAUCGCCUAGCUCGAUUUCACCAGCGCAAAGGAGAUUUGUCUAUUGGUCUUGUCUCUGUCAUCGUAUUGGUGGCAUUGCUGUCGCUCGUUGGAAUAGGCGAGUACACCGCCAAGCGAUCGGGUGGUAUCGGUAUCACGGUCCGACUGCUCCUGCCCAACGAUAGAGCAGUAGGGAGGCUGAAGGCGAUCUUUGAUGCUCUGCUAGUAUGUGCAAUCGCUGCAGACGUCUGUUUCGUCUUCGUGCAAAGUUACUCCCUGCAUCGGUCGCGGUCUGGGUUCCGAAGGACCGAUUCCGUGAUCAAUCUCCUCAUUCUGUACACAAUGUCGACUGGGCUUAUUCCAACUACUCUCGCAAUGGCGACACUUAUAUCAAUGUUUGUCGAGCCUCAAGCGCUCUUAUAUGCGUCUCUAUACAUGCAGGUCGGAAAUCUGUAUUUGAUCACACUAGUGGCAUCCCUCAACCAUCGACAAUUCGUACUCAGGCGGAUAGCGCGCCCACUGGAGCUAAAUUACAGCGCUCUUGGCAGGUUAUCAAACCCGAGAGGCGACACACUGCCAACGAGGCUCACAAUCGCUGUCAAUGUUCCCCAGCUUCGCUACGCAGACGCUCCGAACGCGACUGAUAGCAAAGAAGGGCCAUCGCAGCCGUCUAGGCAGUGCGCCGCUUCGACCAAGGAACCUCUUGACAAGAGCCCUCGUACGGAUCCGACGCCCCUUCAGGGCCGCGAGAGGCGUGACGCGUUCGAGUGUGAUCGUCUACAUGAGACGAUAGUGCUUGAAACGCGCAACAGAGACGACCAUCGACAUGACGAGCCGCCUGGCUAGGCCAGGACUUUGUACUGUUCAAGCAUCCGUUGAUCGCAUAUGCUUUAGCGUUCGAAGUCG